AUGAUCGUUUCCAUUGUUUUACACUUAUUUAUUGGUUUAACUUUCGCUCAAUUUGACUACACAGAAAAUGGAGAGCCAAAAGAGUACUCUGACUACAUGAACGAUGCUACUGCUAUUUAUCAAGAGAUAUUCAAUAAAAGAAAUUACAACAAAUUCUUGGCACCAAUCUAUGGAAAGAUGACUGACGAUUUAAUGGCCAGUAAUGUAUCCCGUUUGAAUGUGAAUAUGAUCCUACGGUAUUUGAAAGUUUUCAAUUUGGAUGCCGAGAGUCAAAUUCUAAGUCUAUGCUGGGAAUUAGAAUUGAGUUGGCGAGAUCCGAGACUUGCCUGGAAUCCAAAAAAGUUCAACAACACUGGAAUACUCUUUGUUACAACAGAUUCUAUUUGGACUCCUGAUAAUCAAAUUGGAAAUGCCAAAUCGAUGGACUCCGUUCAUCCAGACUCAUUGAGAACAAUCAUGCUUUUGAGUAACGGAACAGUCACUCUUCCAAUGGUUUACUAUUCAGAAGUGGCUUGUCCCGUCAAUAUCACCAAAUUUCCCUUUGACAAUCAAACUUGUGCAAUACCGAUUGCAGCGCUGGCUUUGGAUAUCAAAUAUUCAACAAUGACAGGAAGCGUUGAUAACUUUAAUAUUUUACAACCGGGAAAUGGUGAAUGGGAGGUGACAAAUGUGGACAUGGUUCCGUAUCAAAUCGUUAGUGGAUCAACUUUGACACUGCUAUCACCAAUAGUCUGCUUGAAACGUGUGCCCAACUAUUAUGUCUACGUGAUCGCUCUUCCUUGUUUCAUUCUAACUCUACUUGCCAUUGUUGGAAUGUUUUGGUCUCCACUCAUCAAAAAGGAGCAACUUACAAGACUAAGUAUUGGUUUGACAAGUCUUGUCUCAAUGACCGUUUUAAUGGAUAUGCUAUCUGGUGCCAUUCCGAAGACUUCCGUUUUUCCAUUGUUAGGAAUCUACGUUGUUCUCUGUGUUGGUAUCACAAGCUUGGCUUGUGUCACUGUCGUUUUCCAAUGCAUUCCCAAUCCGAAAAAGAAAACUCAAGAAGAAAUAUUAAGAGAAAAGAAAGAAGAUGAGCUACGAACAAAAACUCAACGAUUUCUUCAUCGACUCAAAGAGCAGCUCCUUCAGCGACACGUCUUCGCCCAAUUUUUCUUCCAAUCUCUCAAUCUUCUCUGUUUUAUUGUGUUCUUAUCGUUUUGGCAU